UUUACUUGCUGUUGCAAGGCAAGGUACUGCAAUAAUUUUAAUUCAAGUGUAAAGCUGCAAUUUGUCUUGCUUAUUACUAUCAAGAGCAUUUAUUUAGAUAUCUUUCUCAAGGCUAACGUUUUUUAUAUUUCAAAAAUCAAAUGAAGGGGAUUUUACUCACUUCGAAAAUUGCUUUGAAUCCAAUUUUAAAAGCCAACAUUAAGAAGGCGAAACUCGAUGAAAUUCUUCGCGUUGAUCAUGCUGGAGAGGUCGCUGCUGUUCGUAUUGCGUCUCACCAACUAGCUUGGAUGUCGCCUUUGGAUGAUGCCGUUCCAAUUGUAAAUGAAAUUUUAGACGAUGAAUUGGUUCAUGAAAAGGUGAUGAAUGACCUUGUAAAUCAAUAUGACAUAAAAACGACAAAACUCGAUCCUCUCUUCAAACUAGCUGCUUUUAUAUUAGGUGCAGGAACGGCUGUAAUCGGUAAGGAGGCUAUGAUGUGUUGCCAUGCUGCAGUCGAGGUAACUAUUUAUGACCAUUACAAUGAACAACUACGAGAAAUGGAAAUACUUGAUCAAGCUAUAGAGGAUAUGAAGGAGACAGAGGGAGAGGUAAAGGAAUGGAAUUCAAUAAAAGACACUGUUGCAAAGUUUCGUGAUGAGGAAAAGCAUCAUCAAGAACUUGGAGAACAAAAUGGUGCUGACCAGGCUCCAGCAUAUCCAUUGCUAUAUAAUACAAUAAGGUUGGCAUGCAAAGUCGGAGUAUCCUUAGCAAAGAAAAUAUAAUUUAUAUUUUCACAUUAGAAGAGAAUAUAUUUAGUUAUAUUAGCAUCAAAAGUAAAAACACUCAGUUUUCUGUA